AGCCAGGCGGCGAAAAUCGGCACCCUGGCGCCAGCCGUACGUACAUUGCAAUUAGUUUUUUUUCCUAUUUCCCGUCUCACGAACUGAAAUUACCAUUAGCAAUGACUUAUUAAAAAUAGUACCUACUUGACGAGAGAUUAUUUCCGGAACACAACCCGUUUAUCUAAAGUGCAGUUCAGCGAGAUUCAAUAUACAGGGUGUUCAAAUGAGACAGUUCCGUUAUCUACGUCGUUUCUGGCCCAUAAAGACCGACUUUGGUACUUAUAAGAUUGUCACGCCCGGCAAAAUUUCACCACCGAGAUCAGUUCCAUCACAUAUAGCAAAACCUACCUAUUAUGAGUCGGGAACGCCCCCCCUCCCGUUGCUUCGCCCAGAAAUAAAGAAGGACAACGAAAUUAAAAAAAUGCGCAGCAGUUGCAAGCUGGCCGCAAACGUUUUAGAUGAAAUUGGAAGAAUUAUCCACGUGGGACAGACUACAGACGAAUUAGAUGCAGUUAUACACGAGCUAGUCAUUGCAAAUGGUGCAUAUCCCUCACCGUUAAAUUAUAAGCAUUUUCCAAAGUCUGUGUGUACAUCUGUUAAUAAUGUAGCUUGCCAUGGCAUACCAGAUGAUAGGCCUUUGCAGGAUGGUGACAUAGUUAAUGUAGAUAUUACAGUGUUCCUAGACAAUUACCACGGCGAUUGCUCAAAAACAUUUCUGAUCGGUCAAGUCGAUAAAAAAGGCUGCGAUUUAGUAGAAGCAACACAAGUAUGUUUGGAAGCCGCUAUUGAAAUUUGCAAACCGGGACAAUCUUUUUCCGCGAUCGGAGCCGCCAUUCAAAAAAAAGCCAGGGAGCUGAAAUUCUCAGUCGUGCCGGCAUUUAUUGGUCACGGUAUUGGCAGCUACUUUCACGGUCCACCUGACAUCUACCAUUUUCGAAAUAAUUACCCCGGUGUAAUGGACGUAGGAAUGACGUUUACAAUAGAGCCAGUUUUAUCUCAGGGUACAGGGGAGAUUGGUGUGCUUGAGGAUAAUUGGACCGCAAUAACCCUCGACAAUUCAAGAACUGCCCAAUUCGAACACACUGUUCUUAUUACACCAAAAGGUUGUGAGAUAUUAACAAUACCUGAUUAAAUAUGUUUGUGUAUAUACCUAUGUCCUAAACAGAGAAUUAUUGAGUAAAAGGUAAUUUUGG